AUGUCGCUCAUUGGAAAAUAUCCCUGCAGCAAUGUAACAGCUCCGACAUAUUUGUCUUUCUUGACUGCUUCUUGUUCUACACUGAUCACGAUAGUUGCUUCCGUGGGAAACUUCCUUGUGAUUCUUGCCGUUUUCCUGAACCCAAACAAGGACCUGCGAUCACCGUUCAACUACCUUGUAGUCAAUCUGAGUUUGGCGGAUCUUGUUGUUGGUCUCAUAACUGCUCCUCUCGGUCUAGCUUAUCAUUAUUUCGAGGGUUUUGGAAUCCCUAAUCAACCCCUCAGAAAAACGAUGCAUGUUUCAUUUUUCAUUUCCUGCACUGCUUCGCUUCUGAGCCUUUCAGCCCUGGCGUUAGAUCGUUACGUCGCUAUUACAUAUCCUCUAUUUUACAGAUCGAAGCUCAACGCAAAACGAAGUUUAUUAGUUUCUGCUGGUGUCUGGACCGUGUCUGUUUCAUUAUCCAUGAUUUACUUCGCAGUAGGCUACGACAAGUUUCGGUUCGUCUUCGCCAACACUGCAGUCGUCGUGACGUUCGUUGUGUUGCUUUUCACCAACUCGAAAAUUUUCAAGUUCUUGCGAGCUCAAGUUAAACAAUGGAACAACCUGCACGACAACACCGAAGAAAAUCUGGCGAAGAAGCAAGCGAUCAAGUGGGAGAAAAAGAUCACAAAGACGCUUGUUAUUGUGUUGAUGUUAUUUUUAGCGUUUUAUUUGCCAUCGUGCAUUUGUAUCUACAUCAUAAACUUUUGCGCUAAUUGUAAUUGCGUGUUUAUUCACUGGGUGAGAGACAUUCAGUUUGUUCUGAUGUUAACAAAUUCGGGAGUGAAUCCCUUUGUGUAUGCGUUGAGGUUAGAUAAUUUCCGCAGAGCCUUUAAGAAUAUUUUAACAUGCCGUGCAUGCAUGAGGCGUCUAAGGUCAAUCUCGGUGAACUUGCUUCAAAUAUCGACAUCAAGUACUGAAGGAACUUCAAAUACUACCACCGCAGGAGUACAGCCAGCAGAGUCAGUGGAAGUUUGAAUAGGGGCACCCAACGUCAAUUUUCGGAAAACAUCUGUUCGGAAGACGAUUUGAGAUCUAGAAUUUUCGGAACAUUUGUUGUAAAAUUUCUUGCUUGCCUGCCUCUCCUGGAAUUUUCGAACAUCUAAAAAAUGGUAUAAGUGCCCAUUUUUAACGGAUUUCUACCCUAAAAAGGUCACCUAGAAAUUUCGGGAGCCUUUUUUCUGGCUGAAAUUUUCGAAAAGGCAAGUUUUGAUCCCUAUAAUUCUCGGAUUACUAGACUUUCAGAUAGGAAAUCGGAACAGAUGAAAAAAUUUUAGGGGAUAAAAAUAUGCCUAUAUCUACCGUUUAAAUACUAAAAUACGUUUUACAAUGCUAUGCUUAAGUGGUUUUGAACUAUGUUUUCGUUGGGUGCCCCGAGUAUAAUGGGAGAAAACUGUUCUGAUCUUUAACUUGAAGCUGAGAAAGGCGUAUGCUGAUGUAACCGAGCUCGAUAACCAGCUCACAAAGCGUUUUCUUUUCGGUAUUAUUUUGCGAUUCGGUUUAUCGUUUUCCCACGGUACGCGUUUCUUUAGUUCUGCUUUGUGGUUAGCCGUGUUUUAUCUAGCUCUGUGAUUUCUCCGCCGUUACACCCUUAAACAGGAAAGAAAUUAAUUGACUUUAGCUCGCUUUAAUUUGCCGCCAUUGCUGUAGUUAACCGCGAAAUUCUCCAUUUGUUUCCUCCUAUUGUAUUAACAGAACACGUAUGUAUUUUGCGGUAAAGCGAUAAUGGUGUUUUACAAACAGGCGUAUUGCCAAAAGGAAGACUUCACUGUUUUGUGGCUUACCUAGCUAUAGUUGUCCAAUCGUAUUGGUAAUGUAAACAGGAUGCGAGCUGUUUGUGUUCAGCGCGAUAUAAAUACGCCUGCACGUAGCGUUUCUACGCAUUAGUACAGUUCCAGUUGCCGCGUUCACUAGUCAAGCCGUAGGACAUAGUUUCGUAGAGUUCUCCCCUCGCUGGAGUGGGUAAGUGUUUUCCUUUUGCUGUUUUUCGUAGGAUGUUCUUCGUUCUCCUCCGAGGUCAUUGUGUUUACGAAACGUCCAGCGACCGUAGUAUUACUUUCCUGUUGUAGAUUUCAUCGUUUCUUAGAUUUGUUGUUUUCCGCUGUUGUAUUGAGCGCUUUCGCUCUGAAGUCAUUAUCUUUUAGUUUCUUAUCCGUUGUUAUUUUUUUAGCUUAGUUUUUUCUCUUAAUUUUGCCACCGUUUUGUGCGAGAUCGUAGAUCACAACCUUUCAGUUUGACCUCGUUUAGCUUGUGUUUUCUUGUCUUCGUAUCAUAGGACUCUUGACACGAGUCACGUACUAUUUGUCACGCUUGUUCUUCUUUCGUGACCUAUCUUGUUUCUUAGCGUGUUUUGUUUACUUUUUACAUUUUAGUGUAGUUUUAUUUUCUUAGCGUGUAUUUUUUAACCGUCUUAGUAAUUUUUAACGUCGUUGUUUCCUUUUAGCGGAAUUGCCCUUUUCAUCGCCCCUUUCUUUCCCUUUUUGUUGCUUUAUUCGUUUUCCUAGAAUUGAGGAAGUUUAGUGGAAGACAUGGAGAUAAUGAACUGUCCAUAGAGGAUUUCAUUGAUAAUGCGAAAAGAGCAAUCACUUCAAGAGGACUCCCCUUCCCAGAGCAGGCGAAUUUCAUACUCUCAUACCUAGAGGGCCCUGCGAAAGAAGAAAUGAAACUUUACCCUAAAAGUGACCUUAAGAAUUCGGAUAAGAUCUUCGACCUCCUUCAAGAGUCUUUUGCUGGGAAGCGUUCUGUUCCCCAGCUCUUAAAAGCCUUUUAUGACCGCCGACAGAGGGAAGGCGAAACCUUUGUGCAUUCUCCCAAGCGCUAAGGGAACUGCAAGCUAAGAUAGAGAAGAAAAGUGUGACCAAAUCAAGUGGCCAAGACGCAGCUCUUCGAGACCACUUUGCUGAAAAUGUUAAAAGUCCCCUCCUUCGAAAGGAAAUUAAGAAAUUUAUCAGACCACACCCGGAAGUUUCCUUUCCAGACACCAGAGAGGAAGCUAUUCGCUGUGCUGAUGAAGACGAGAAGUCCUGUGGACCACGCCCCAGGGUGGCUUCGUCGCAUGAGACCAGUACCUCCACUAAGCCCUCUUCCCUCGAAUCAGCCAUGAAUGAGAUGAUUAAAACCCUGCAAGGCCAGCAAAAGGCUAUUGAAGAUCUGGCAGCCAAUCUCAAGAAGUUGAACACAGUGUCCACCAACAGAGGACAGAAUGUACAGCCUCAGCCCCAGUUUCAGCAGCGACAGCCCAGGCCUGACUUAGGUGGUGACAGGUGUUAUCAGUGCGGAGCUCCAGGACACUUUGCCCCAAAUUGCACAGCAAGAAGUAGACCCCCACUCUUCCGGACCCUCACCCCCAGGCCUCCACCUGACCCGUCAAACUAGCCCCCCCCCAUGCAGCUGAGAGUCAGGCGGCAGGAGGGAACAGUCCUGGCUCACCUUGUAUCCCGCAGUUACCUGGAAUUGUCUAUGAGAGAGUAGUUGGACGUUGUCCAGUCACUACUGUGAAACUGGGGGGAGUACAUGUACGCUGUCUUCUUGACUCUUGACUCCACCAUCACUGAGAGUUUCUUUAAUAAGCACUUCCGUCCUAGAAGAAGCGAACUGCUUGACACGAACCAAUGGCUUACCCAUACAGCUACCUGGAACUAGACUUUAAAGCACAAGGUGUAACCAUCCCUAAGAGAGGUAUCCUCGUGUUACGAGACCCCCCUGAUCCCAAAUCAAAAGCCUGUAAAGAAGCUGUGCCAGGUGUGAUUGGAAUGAACAUUAUACAAAGAAUGAACCAAGAGAUUGGUUAAAAAUCUGCCAUGUCAUGGACUGGUAAUCAUGAGCACCCUCUCAUCAUUCAGUCGUGGAUGUGUCAAAGUACAAGUUGCUAAGAUAGCACAAGAAGAUGUUUGGCUUCGCUCCCGUGAGAGAAUUGGUAUAAUGCGUGCAGUAGCAGGUGUCCAGGAUGACAACCAGGCAGUUGCUAUCACACAAGUCUCUGCCAGUGAAGUAGUCAUGCAACCCAAGCCCUAGGAAUCCCCCAAGAAAGAAGAUUCCUCGAAGUCUACACCUAUUCCCCCUGAAGACAUGCAUUGCACCCAUGAGCAGCAAGUACAACUUGAUGAGCUCCUCCUGGCCAAGUACAAGGACAUGUUUGUUACUGAUGAUGAUGAACUAGGCUACACCGAAACAGUAAAGCACAAGAUAUUCACCUCUGAUGACAUUCCUGUAAAUCAGCCUUUCCGAAGAAUACCCCCCGGACAGUACCAAGAAGCAAAAGAACACAUUCAGAAACUCAUAAGUAAAGGCAUAAUCCAAGAGAGCCACAGCCCCUAUUCCUUCCCAAUAGUACUUGUGCGGAAGAAGAUUGGUAGCCUCCGCAUGUGUGUGGAUUACAGAAAGUUAAACGCAAAAACGUUGAAAGAUGCUUAUCCCUAACCACGGAUCGAAGAAUCUUUCGAUGCACUGCAGGGAGCAAGCUGAAUCUGGAAAGUGGGUCCAACCAGAUAGGCGUAACUGAAGAAGACAAAGCGAAGACUGCAUUCAUAACCCCCUUUGGUCUGUUUGAGUACAACAGGAUGCCUUUUGGACUCUGUAACGCGCCUGCGUGUUUUGCUCGGCUUAUGCAAGCUUGCCUAAAUGAGCAGAUCUUCCAGAUGUUGCUUGUUUACCUGGAUGACAUCCUGAUCUUCUCAAAAACCUUCGAAGAGCACCUUGAGAGACUAAAAAUGGUCCUUAAACGCCUGAGAAAACAUGGCCUGAAAUUGAAGUUGGAAAAGUGUACCUUCCUGCGUAGAAGAGUAACCUACCUGGGACACGAAGUAUCUGGUGCUGGUAUCGCCCCAGAGCCCGAGAAGAUAGCAGUCGUACAAGAGUGGCCAGUUCCAUAUAAACUGUUAAGGAACUCAGAACCUUCUUCGGCCUCGCAAGUUACUAUCGAAGAUUCAUUGAAAGCUUUGCCAAGAUAGCAGCACCCCUUCACCAGCUAGUGAACAAUUCACUUCAUGAACUCAAAGUUAACAAGAAACUGUCGUGCCCCUUUAAAGAGAAAUGGAACCAAGAGUACCAAAAAACAUUUGAAACCAUGCUUGAGAAGCUCACAACUGCACCAGUACUUGGUUGCGUAGAUUACACCAAGCCUUUUAUUGUGCCAUGACGGACUAGGAGCUGUGCUAUCCCAGGAACAAGAUGGUAGACGUAGAGUUAUCGCUUAUGCAAGUCGUCGGCUUAGACCCCCAGAGAAAAACAUGCAGAAUUAUAGUUCUUAUAGUUACUAGCGCUGAAGUGGGCUGUCACAGAGAAGUUCAGAAGUUACCUGUUAGGAAAAGAAUUCGUGGUGUACACAGACAACAACCCCCUAAGUCACCCUCAGUCAGCCAAGUUAGGAGCAAUGGAACAGAGAUGGGCAGCUGAACUAGCCUUGUUUAGCUUUAAGAUGAAGUACCGCCCUGGAAGAGCUAAUGGAAACGCAGAUGCACCUUGAAGAAUAGCACGUGGAAAUCAUGAAAAGGAAAUCCCACAUGCUGACGAUUUAGCUGAGAUUCAGUUGGAAAACAUAAGCGUCAUGCAAUCCAACCUGUUCCAGUCGAACUAAGAGAGUUGGUGACGACCUGCACCUCCCCAGAACAACUGCGCACAAGUAUCGGCCAGAGACAACAUUCACCAGCCUACCCUCUCACAGCCCAGCUUAGUUCCGAGACAUGUAGAUUGCAGACCCCGUCAUUAGUCGCCUCCACUACUACAGACAAAACAACCGCAAACCCACCUCCCCCCAAGAAAGAAGAGGAGAAACACGAGAUGCUGUUAAACAUCUUGUCAACCAAUGGGACAAGGUUGAAGAGGAAAAUGGCCUACUGUAUCGAGUCAUUCAAGAUCCCCAUUGCGGCCAAGGAAAACAGUUGAUCCUUCCCCAAAAACUUAAAGAGAAAGUACUCACCAGCCUACAUGAUGGUAUGGGCCACGAAGGGUCAGGGCGAACAUUAAAUCUGAUUAGAGACCGUUGCUACAGGCCAGGAAUACAUAGCGAUGUACAAGCAUGGAUAAAGAAAUGUGAAAGAUGUACCUUGUCUAAAGAACCAUUACCACGUGUUAGACCAGCCAUGGGACACCUCCUAGCUACUAGACCCCUAGACGUUCUUGCGAUGGACUUCACACUGUUGGAGCCAGCCACAGAUGGUAGGGAGAACGUGUUGGUGAUGACAGAUGUUUUCACAAAGUUCACACACGCAGUUCCUACCAGAGACCAGCGGGCGAGCACCAUAACUAAAGUACUCCUUAAGGAAUGUUUUUUUAAGUAUGGUGUCCCUCUGAGAAUCCACUCCGAUCAAGGAAGAAGUUUUGAGAAUGCAGUGAUCACCGAACUCUGUAAGCUGUACGACAUUAAGAAAUCGCAUACCACUCAUUAUCAUCCGCAAGGCAAUGCCCAAUGUGAAAGAUUUAACAGAACCAUGCACAACCUGUUGCGUUCACUACCACCAGAAAAGAAGAGAAAGUGGCCAGAGUACCUCCCAGAACUUCUUUAUGCCUAUAACGUGGUCCCACAUGCAACCACCAGCUACGCUCCAUAUUACCUGAUGUUCGGCCGUAACCCCCGCUUACCGUUAGACCUAAUGCUUGGAGCAGACGAAAAGGAUCCACCUGAAACAGACUGGCUAGCCUCCCACCAAGACCGCUUACGAGAUGCUUACCUCAGAGUAGGGGAGCACCUCAGACAACAAGCAGAUGCUCGGAAAGCCAUCAGCGACAAGAGUACUAAUGACCAGCCAAUUGAAAAAGGCCAGUUUGUCUACCUACGCAACCAUCCUCGAGGCAGAAACAAGAUACAGGAUCCUAGGGAUCCCACCUUGUACAAAGUCCAAGAGACGCCAGGACCUACAGAAGCUAUUUAUACAGUUACUCCAGCCCACGGAGAUGGACCCAGCGAGAGAGUGUAUAGGAGGACCCUGAUGAGACCAUGUCAUAGUUAGGUACAGCCAUGCUUUGACACCAACCGCAUCAUGUAGACACAUUUGAUUCCCCCAAGAGCGAGACAUAACAAAGUGCCCGCUGAACCCCAAGAUGAUGAAGAGAUAAUCGUGAUGAGAAGACGCCCCCAUCCUGUAUUGAACACAGCACCUCUAGGACCCUGUGAGCCUGUGAACCCCCCGGAAGAAUCAGAAACCAGUGAGCCCCCAGUUCCAGAAAUGCCCAUUGAAGCGACCCUAGGAGACCCAGCGCCCUAUGCAGAACCUGAGGACAGCAUUCUAAUCCCCAUAGAGCUCCAAGAUCAACAGUAAAUAACUCAGAGACAUUGACUGUUAAACACUUUCCAGUAUAUUUCAUUCUGUUAUUUUGGUUCUUAGCAUAUAGCUUUUGGUAAAACAAGUUUGUUAGUUUAAAUAAGCAUUAUUGUGGUCUGUCGAGGACGACGACCUAAGCAGGGGAGAAAUGUAACCGAGCUCGAUAAUCAGCUCACAAAGCAUUUUCUUUUUGGUAUUAUUUUUGCGGCUCUGUUUAUCGUUUUCCCACGGUACGCGUUUCUUUAGUUCUGCUUUGUGGUUAGCCGUGUUUUAUCUAGCCCUGUGAUUUCUCCACCGUUACACCCUUAAACAGGAAAGAAAUUAAUUGACUUUAGCUCGCUUUAAUUUGCCGCCGUUGCUGUAGUUAACAGCGAAACUUUCCAUUUGUUUCCUCCUAUUGUAUUAACAGAACACGUAUGUAUUUUGCAGUAAAGUGAUAAUAGUGUUUUACAAACAGGCGUAUUGCCAAAAGGAAGAUUUCACUGUUUUGUGGCUUACCAAUCGUCCAAUCGUAUUGCUAACAACAGGAUGCGAGCCAUUUGUGUUCAGCGCGAUAAAAAUACGCCCGCACGUAGCGUUUCUACCCAUUAGUACAGUUUCAGUUGCCGCGUUCACUAGUCAAGCCGUAGGACAUAGUUUCGUAGAGUUCUCCCCUCGCUGGAGUGGGUAAGUGUUUUCCUUUUGCUGUUUUUCGUAGGAUGUUCUUCGUUCUCCUCCAAGGUCAUCGUGUUUACGAAACGUCCAGCGACAGUAGUGUUACUUUCCUGUUGUAGAUUUCAUCGUUUCUUAGAUUUGUUGUUUUCCGCUGCUGUAUUGAGCGUUGUAUUAUUGUAUUAUAUCAUCAAUAUCUUGUUUCAGCAAGAGGUUCUUAACAAGGAUUACAACACGAGUCUGAAGCCCCAUUUACACGACAUUCAUUUUGGGUGCGGCACUCCUAAAGAUGGUCACGCGGACCGUUUCUUUGAGGACGGCCCGCCUUUUUUUUGCCUUGUAGAUGCAAAUUUUUUGGCACGCGGUCCGAAAAAAUCAGGUGGGCCAGAACCACCCCCCGAGGUGGUCCUGGCCUGCCUAAAAGGAGGCCCGUGUGCCGAAAAAAUAUUUUGCGGUGGGGGAUCACCGAUCACUGACGCCGCUCUUCUCGCUUUUGCUUCACGAACGCCAUGGAUACGAGUACACACAAACGAAGAAGACACCCCAAAUAUAAAGUUGCAAUAGUUCUAUAUCCGUAUAAGGAUGCGAGAUAAUACAAUGUUAUCGCUAGUCGACAAUUUGGAGCAACGGCCUUUCGCAUCACAGGUGUAUCCUGACGAGCAAUAUCUUCGGAAAUAUUCAAAAGUUCCGCGGGUUUCUAUGAAGUUUUAUAACCAUAAGUUCAUCUUACUUCAUCCAUGUCAAACCAUGCAAAAGAGCGAGGAUGUGUCCAAACCUCUCUCAGUCGAUGAUGAUUUAAGCAGCUCAAAAUAGCCUUCAAAAGGCCGUAUUGUCGGCAUUUAAGUACCUUAAAAAUUGUUUAGAUGAUGACCUUGUUUCGUUUACUUCGUUUUGUUUUCUUUUUGGUGAGCUUAACAUCCAUAAAAUUGCCAUUUUUUUAGUUCUUCGACUUCAAUGUUUUGUACAACCAGCGAAAAAUUAUGCUGAUCCUUUGCUGACCGCUAAGAGUGGGUGACUUUUGGCGGGAAUCUUAUGUCAAGGCCUCGGGAACCGCUGUAAAAAUGCCCGGCGGCUCACUUUUUUAAGAGUGCCUUUCCUAGUCAGGGGUGCCUGCCCGAAAUCAACAUUGAAACAAAUCCAACUUAUUUUUGUCGUGUAAAUGACGCAGGCUGUUCCCUAGAUUUACGGCCCGCGUGCCAAAAUUUAGGAGUGCGGCAGGCGGUGUGCGCACUACGAUCGCUAAGCAUCAUGGGCGGUAUUCAAAAUCUGAUCAUUUGUGUCAAGAUGGCGUGGACUAAACAUCUCGACUGUGGAGUGAAUUUUCGUUAAUUGCGCUGUAGAAAUAUACGAUUUUGCUUUGAAUCUCUUCCGGAAGCUUUCGAAAAACAAAUUCUGUCGAAUUUUCAAGGAAAAAAACAGUCUCAUUCCGUUGAUAAGUGUAUUCUGGUGUAUUCUCUUCGUAAUCACUUGCAUCCUAUUUGCAACUGACCGAGAAAAGUCGGCAGAGAAUCGCUUUGUUCAAUGCAUCAAUCAUGAAAAGCACUGAAGGUAAGACCUGCGGUUCGCCGAAAAAUUUGAAUUCACCGUGAAAUCAGUGCAACUAGUGCUAAGAGGUACUGAUAUGCAUAGCUGUGAUAUACUCAUAAAAUACGAGGAGAUUCUUCAGAAUACCCGGCCACGGUAUUUAAACACAGUAAGCUUACUUUCUUUUAUCAUUCAGCAUUGCAAGAUGUUUACUUGCUAGGUAUAAUAAGAGAAGUUGAGGGGGACAUCUUUUCAAGGACUUAGUUCUCUGUUGGUACCAAGUCUGCAUUUCGUUGUGUUUAACAUCUGUAUUUAUCAUAACAUGAAGACAAGUAAAUAAAGUAGAGAGUAUUUGUGUACAAGGAUUGACUUGUGUCCUCUUUAUCAGAUAAUAUUGAACACCUUUAUUCCAGCAGUACUGCAAAUUUGCAUAUAUAUUUGUUAUUGGUAUGAGUCAUAGAAUGUCUCAUAACUGGAUUGAAACUGGAAAUGGCAUAUUUUUAAUUACAAAGCCUGAUGCAGUCAAUAGAUUUUAAAAGCUAUUCAGUCACUAUUUGUUUAAGGAUUAUGUCAGUAUGUACAAACACAUGUUAUUACAUAUUUUUUUCUAUUACAAAACCUCUUCAAAAUGUGAAAUUCAUAUAUGUUUACAAAUCUCCUGUAAUCAGGGCUGCGGCAAUAUAGCGGGAGACCCCUUUCCUUUCUUGUAAUGACCCUCCCUCCCCCCAAUUUUUCCCAAUUCAAAUAUGGUGUCAUAGGUCUCAUUAUAUUUACAGUCAAACCCUGUUGUACAGACACUGAGGGGACCAUAAAAUUGUUCAUUUAAUUUAGAGAAAAAUUAAGGGUUUUUUUCCAGGGAACAAAGCAAGCCGUCUGUAAUGAUGAGCAAGGCUGUGCUCUAAUGAACAUUGAAAGGAGCCCAGUUCUCUGAACCUGUAAAAUCUAGGCUGCCCAGCAUAUAUGAUUUGUAUGAAAUGUCUGAGAUUUUCUAGUCACCCCAAGAGCAAAAGUUAGACACCAGGGGCCACCGGGCUCUGCUAGAGCACAGCUUUGAAAAGAUGUCGGUAUUAAGCGGUUGUUCGUAAAGCGGGCUUUUGGGUUUACUAGUUAUUGCACUGGCCCCGGUUCCUCAAACGUUGGAUAGCGCUAUCCACCGGAUAAAUCACUAUCCGGCGGAUAAGUAUUAGGGAAACCAAUUGCGUUAUCCACUAGAUAGAUUUUUAUCUGGUGGAUAGCGCUAUCCAGCGUUUGAAAAACCGGGGCCUGGUGGAUCCUAGUAGUACAGUAAAAUCCCGUGACUUAGAACCUGAAUUUUACGAACCUGUUAGGCUAAAAUAUGCCAGAUGAGCUCCCUCUAUCUAAAAACCUGUUCAGCCUAAAAUUCGAAACAGGUUCUUAUUUUUAACACCUAUGAAAAAAUUCUGUACACUUGGGCAAAGAUAAAUCAACAUUUAGAAUCUGUUUUGGAGACAAAACUGUUUUAUCACUCCAACUGCAAUGUAAAUGCCAAUGUUUAAAUUAAAUAAAAUUGUUAUAUUGAUACAAUUACAAAUUAGAUACACUCCUCUUUUUAUGUCCAUUGUCGCAUAACUUCUAAUUUGGUAUGCAGACUUUAUAUGAGGAAUAAGGUGAAACACAAAUACCCUUAGCUAUAGUUUUUCUUCAGAAAAUAUGAACCCAUUUAAAAACCUAAAUAGCCUAAACUUGUGCUAACUACUAUUUAUAUAAGAAACUGUUAAGGCUUACUUGGUUAAUUCAGGUUCUUAUUCACACGAUUUUACUGUUCCAUUGUUCCACUUUUUUUUCCCUUUCCGCGUCACCAUUUUCUCAGCCUUGGUUUUCCAGUAUCAAAAGUACAUUCAAUGAUCAAGCGAUAUAUAUUUUACCUCAAGCCACCAAAAUAUGCAAAUUGCUUGAUAUAUAUUAACCAGUGUAAAAGGGUAAAAAGAUUGAGUGAGAUCAGUUAGCCUGUGUGGCAGGCAUUUCAAAUGCAAGGGAAAGUGGGUUUUUGGUGCAAGAGAAACGAGAGGAGGGAGGGAAAUGCCUGCCAGGAGACUAUUGUUUUUUGCAUUAUGAACAUCCACCAGGUGAAUGUUGAAAUCACUCCCUCCUUCGCUUCACUCUUCGCAUUCCUCUCGCGCCCACAAGCCCUUUCCCUUUCCUUUCAAAUGCCUGCUACAGAGGCUAGUCACCACUGAAUGAGCAGUUUGUUGCCUAGAUGCCCUGGCAGAAUUUCUAAUCAGUAAAAUCAGUAAUCAAAUUCAUGAUACCUUGAAACUGACAUAGUCAUAACAUCCACACAACAACACACACUAGUCUUGGAAGUAGAUUAUGAUUUAGUUUUCUCAAGAGUGAUGUGCAUAUUUCUCUGAAUAAAAGUAAAGUGCAAGCUUGGUGGAUGUAAUGAACUUCUUCCUCUACACUGCACUGCUCUUGCAUUUCUCCCAAAAAUCAUUUUUCAUAGAGCAUGGCUGGUUCCAAAAUGCACAGGGCUUAACUGUUUAAUCAAACUUAUCAUUUGAUUUAAUGCCUGUCAUUGUUAUACCUGCAUAAAGGGAAUCACAUGUAUGACUGCAAUUUUACUAUGUUUUUUUAGUCCAAUUACAAAACAGAUAUUCCUUAACAUAGAGUACUCAUCAGCCUAUUUAUAUACCAAUUUGGAACAUUUUAUGCUCACCUAAUGCUAUUGUUUGGGGGAAACAGUCGUCGCUUCCCCGAUAUUUUGUGAUUAGCUUGUGAUUACAACAGUAACAGUCCCAGUAACAUGCCACAUUCUUCUUCGCGAGGCUACAUUUUCCCAUGAAAACAUGCCGGUUUUGAUUCGGAAAAAGUAUCACAUAACGUGGGGCGCGUUGGGGAGCGAUAAAAAAUUAGCGUAGAACAUGGUUUGUAGAAACACUUAAAACUAACUUCUACUUUCGUCGGGCAAUAUAAUGGAAAUUAUAGCUGCUCUUACAGGAGGCAUCUUCGUGUUCCACGUUUUAGAUUGAAAUGAAGUAUUAAAAUUUGUUUUUCUCCACAGAAAAAAAUCUAAACAAAUAUUAGCUUAUGAAAUUGAGAAAAACGAUCUGAGGAAAGAAAUACAUCUAUUGAAAAACAAAGCAUAUAACCUGCGAAAUUUCUCAACCUUCGCCGCCAUCUUGAAAAUUUUGCAUCCACAAUGCAUCGCAAUCGUAGUGCGCACACCACCUGGGAGUGCCGGCCCCAAAAUGAACGUCGGGUAAAAGACUUGAUUCUAUCUUCUUUCACAUUAAGGCUGUUGAUACCAACUGACGGUUUCCACUGGCGUAUUUGUUUUUUCUUGAUAUUGCAUGUGUUUUCAUGCCGUUACCUGAAUUGGAGAAUAUCGCAAAACAAAUCAUGCAGAAGAUAUUACUUAUCAGUAGAAAUACUUGUCUCGCAUACCUUCGCGAAACUUGGUUAGAAACACCGCCACUCACCAUGCAACUCGUGUUUCUGCCUCGCUAUGCGAUCCACGCAUGUUCCACUCGCGACAAAAUUAUAACCUUGACCUCACGGGCUAGCAGUUGUUCCCAUCAGCCUAACACCCCUUAGGCACUUUAUGAUUUGCUUAUACAACGUAGUAUUCCUUAUUGCAUCCACAUUAUAUUGCUGGUUUUCAGUGUCACGCCAUUUAAAAUAGAUCAAAAUAAAAAUCAAAACCAUUGGACAGAUAAAGUCCAGAAUCUGGGAAAUGAACGAGGGUAAAUAUACAAAGACCCUCGCCAAGAUUUGGGUCGAAGGAAUAAAUCGUAUAAGAGAUAUCCGAGGAAAUGUUUUACCCAAAUUUAUAGAGCUUUGUAUGGAGACGCCAUGCUGGAGCUCAUCCGGAUGAGCUCCAAUAUUGCGGACGGAAACCAACAGAAACAUCUGUUACCGAGUUUUGCUCCAAAAGCUUGAAUUUACUCCUAGAGGAACUCAUAAACAUUAAAGUAAUACUUUUUCUAAUACUUGAACUGUUUAGAUAGCAACAUUCCUCGACAAAUGUCACUUUUUUAACCCAAAUGACAGCUCUCUCGGCCGUCAUGUAAAUGCUGCGUCACGCAAAAGCUUAGAAAUUCGAGCGUAGUCUAUUACAAAACCAAGAACCCUUUUAAAGCGAAAAUUUGUUUGAAAAUUAGUUUUCAGCUGCUCCAAUACACCAUGAAAUUAAAACCUCAGUAGGAUCGAUAGUUUUGUAGUUUGAAUUUUAGUGACGUCAUGUGAAAACCAACAAUAAGUACGAGGAAAAAUCGAAGCGAUAAGGAAUACUUGUCUAAACUAAAGGUGUUUUGGUCCGAUGGGGGUUUCGGAGAUAAUUGUAACCGGCUUCAAGAGGCCUCCGGCCUCACUUCGCGAGGGAUGAUUUACAAAAAUUUUGAAUCGAAGUAUAUUACCCUUAAAAAAAGCAAAAUGAGGGAAUUUGUUUCACUUCCCGACGUUGGAAGCGAUACCACAAUUUCUUUCGAAACUAAUCCGUUUUAGCUAAGGGCGCUUUCCAUUCGUCAGAACUGACCUGCGAGACCAUUCUCGUCGCAAUGAGAAUUUCCCUUUUAAUCAAAAUUCUGCAGCUAGAUCAGUCAAAUCCUAAUACGAAGGAGAUGGUUUUUCAGGAAAAAACUUUUGGAAAAACGGCCUGUUUCAUUCUCAAACUGACUGGUCGGGCAAAGAUCCGACAGCCUAGUCCUGACAAACGAAAAUAAUAUAUUGUUUGAAAUAUAUCCUCUGUAUUGUCCCUACUUUCAAAAGUUUGUGAUUACUCCUCGUGGUAAAAUUCAAUGAUGGAAAAAAGAUCAUUAUCCUUUUUUUUUUCAGCCAAGUACUCGUUUGAGAUAUAGAUCGCGUCGUAUCGACUACUUGCUGUUUACUUCUAACAGGAUGGUUUCGAGUGAGCAAAAUUCAAUUGGCUUUGAGAGGGAAAGGAUCUGAACAAAACAACUGAAUUAUUAGUAAUUCGGAGCAUUGCCACGGAUUUAACACUAAUACAUGUGAGAAACUUGGACCUCGCUAACAUCUCGGACUCAUUAAAUGUAUUCCCGGCGCUGUAUAUGGCCGAUCAUUAUUAUAUAGGAGAAUGAUUACUCCCUUGGAGAGAAAACACAAACACAUUUAAUUAAAAACACGGAGAGUACUAAACGAUGAUAAUGGUUGGAGGGCAAAUGCUGCUGUCGACAUCUACAACCUUUUACUUAUCGUAAUGGAAAGGCAGGCAAACAUUAGCAAUUAAACAAACAAUGUAAAAUAAAGCAAAACAAAAACUUUAAUGUGUGGGAAAGAAACCAAAAUUUAAUUUUAAUUAAACGUCACAGAGUCGUCAAUACAAUAUUCUUAUAAAGAGAGAAUGAGAUCAUUCUCUCUUGUCCAAGAGAGAAUGAGCUAAGAUCUUAGAUCGUUCUCUCUUGUCUUAAGAUAAGACUAUUCUGUAAUAAUAAGAAUUUUUAGAAGCUCAGCUAAUACUGUCGUGAAAAAUGUUCAUCCGGUUUACAAGUUCUUUUUUUUCCCCUCAGGGCUAAGGCAUUUCAAAAUUAGAAACUACUUCAGGAAGUUCUAUUUAUAAUCAGCGGUGACUUCUUACAGUGGAUAUUCAGCGUGAAAGGUCGUACUUCUGAGCACCGUUAUUGGCUUCUCAGCGUCAGCCCAUUACUUUUUUUUCUACGAGUGAGGGUUUUGUUUGACGAAAAGUGUCCAAUUUACGUAUUGCAACUGAGUUAAACAUUAUCAGCAUAGAUUUUCGCACCGCUGUUUACAUUCGAUAAGUUGAAAGCUAGAAAGUGAGAGAAACUAUUAAGCGAUGUCUCUUCUUAACCAAUAUCCGUGCGUAAACGUUUCAGCGCCGGCGUAUUUGUCCUUUGCGACAGCAUCGUUUGCUCUACUAUCAGGUGUUGUUGCUUCUGUGGGCAAUUUAUUGGUGGUACUCGCAGUAUUUCUAGACCCCCACAAAGAACUCCGAUCGUCAUUCAGCUACUUCGUAGCCAGUCUCGGAUUUGCAGAUCUGAUGGUUGGACUUUUUGCAGCUCCUAUGGGAGCAGUAUACCCUGUUACGGCUGGACUCAAACAAGCAAGUCAGCGGUUCCGUGUGUGGAUGCACCUGGUCUAUUUUAUUUCCUGCACUGCUUCGCUUCUUAGCUUGACCGCAUUGGCACUGGAACGUUACUUGGCAAUCAAGUAUCCUCUAUUAUACAGAUCAAAGCUGAAUUCAAAGCGAGCUUUCUUUGUCUCCGUUGUGGUUUGGAUCAUCUCAACUCUUGUGACACUUCUGUAUUUUGUUGUCGGCUACAACAAGUUUCGCUUUGUUUUUGCCAACACUGCAGUUGUCCUAACCUUAACUGUUCUAAUAUUCACUAACUCGAAGAUUUUCAACUAUUUGCGGUGUCAGGUGCACCAAUGGGACAGGCUACAUGGCAAUCCAGCCAAAAAUCUUGCGUUGCAGCGAGCAAUUGAAAGGGAAAAGAGAGUGACCAAAACGCUUUUGGUCAACUUAAUAUUAUUCUUAGUUUUUUAUUUGCCUUCUUGUGUUUGCAUUUACAUUGUAAAUUUCUGCACUAACUGCGAUUGCUUGUUUAUUCAGUAUGCGAGGAAAAUUCAGUGGGUUUUUGUUAUGGCAAAUUCUGGCGUGAAUCCAUUUGUGUAUGCCUGGAAGUUAGAAAAUUUCCGUAAGGCAUUUAAGAGCAUUUUAAAAUGCCAGGCCUGUUCAAGAAGAUCUACCCCGGAUUCAACCAUUGUUGAAUUAACACCAUCUGACCGCCAUACAACAAAUCCUUUUCCGCCACACGAGUAG